AUGACACCUGACAUUGAAUACCUCUUGUCCCUCGAGGCUGUACGUGAAAGGGCUCAGAUAGUCUUUGCGGCUGCCCAAAGAGACGAGCUUUCUCAUUUCACAUAUCACGCUUCCAAGUUGCCUGAAGCUGCGGCCUUUGUGACUUCCGUGAUCAAUGAUACACACGAUAAGCUAUGGCUUUCUAACAGCUUCUUUAGCNGCGACUUUGGUCCCGACAACUUCGAGACCAUUCCUCCUCAUGGCCGCUGGCAACAUUUUGAAGUCGGCGGAGUUCCGAGAAUCGAGGACCUCAAUCACCAAUGGAAGCUUGAUGGUUGUAGUUGGAAAGAGCAGGCACGUAGACUGAUUGAUCUUUUCGUUGUAUCUGUAUUGUUGGACGCUGGUGCAGGUGACAAGUGGAAGUUUGAGGAACCCGGAUCAGGACAGACUUAUACCAGAAGCGAAGGCAUCGCAGUGGCAAGCUUGUACAUGUUCAAGGAAGGCGCUUUCUCAACUACAGAAGGGUACGACCACAUGGUUGAUGGUGAGUUCUGCUGCGGAGAGAUUGCAAGCAAGAAACUGACCAUUCAUGAUANNGCCAAGGGACUCCAACGUAUUAACGAAGAGACAUUGGCGAAGGGCUUCCAGAUCACCGCAGACAACCCCAUGGUCGGUGUGAGAUCUCGUGCACAGCUACUCUCUCGCCUUGGUGAUUCUUUACUCCAGCACUCGGACAAAUUUGGCCCCGAAGGACGGCCUGGUAAUCUUGUCGACCACGUCAUCGAAGCUGCAGACUUCGAGAAGAAAGAGCUCGACUAUCGCGUAUUCUGGGCGACACUGCAAAAUCUUUUAACCCCUAUCUGGCCCAAGGAUCGUACGCAGAUUGACGGUACACCUAUUGGUGACGCCUGGCCUUCGGCAGUUCUCGAAAAGCAAAACAAUGGUCAAGACAGCAAGAGGAAUAUCCAACCGUUCCAUAAGCUUACGCAGUGGCUGGCUUACUCGCUUAUGGUUCCCUUUGUAAGGCUUGGGAGAUACUCCUGGCGUAAUUCAGAACUCGGCACUGGACUCCCUGAAUAUCGCAAUGGCGGUCUCUUCGUAGACCUUGGGGUUUUAACACUCAAGCCCGAGGCUUUGGAGCGUGGUCAACGCACUUCUGGACAAGAGCUACCCAUGUUCAAAGAUAGUGGUGAUGAGGUUGUCGAGUGGAGAGCUUUGACGGUUGCUCUGUUAGACGAAGUGUACGCUAUAAUCAAGAAGGAUAUGAACGAGAAGGGUGUCCAGUUCAGUAUGGCACAGAUGCUCGAAGCCGGCAGUUGGAAAUCGGGACGAGAGUUGGCUGCACAGAGAAGACCGGAGACAAAGUCUAGCCCGAUCCUGAUUGAUGGAGAUGGUACUCUGUUUUGA